GAUGAUCUUUGGUUUUCAGUGACUUUUAAACAUUUUACAUAUUCGUUUCGCUUAUUUAAAAUACCCAAGUGUAUUUUUAUAUCUACCCCUAUUGUUUUAGUUUCAUUAUUACUUCUUCAGCUGUAUGUAUCUAUAACCAGAGAUCGAAAUGUAAACCAAUAGUUCUUCAAUAAUUUAGCCCGUUCAGCGCAUAAAACUAUGGCAUCGCGUCAGUCUUCAAAAGCUUCUGCAUCCAGUGAAGUCCCUUUUCAAGGAACCAGCGGAGAAUUAAUUAAAAUCAGCGAAUUUAUCGAAUCCUGGAAGCAAAUGUCGGAAUAUGAUCUUGGUACUGUUAGGUCUGAGAAGCACUAUAUCCAAGAUGCUAUGGACCUAAAUGAUUCUGACUAUUACAGACAAGCUGUGAAUUGUAGUGACCAGUUGUUGUAUUCUGGAGAUGAAAUAAAAGCCAGAUUUCCUUGUCUCAAUAUCUUCACAGAUGAUGUAAAGCUCAUGUCAGUCAAACUCCAAGAACUGGAUGUGAAACAGCGCAAUGCAGAUCCACUCUACAAAAGAAAUGUUUUACUUCCACAGAAAUCUAAAAUACUGGAUGUGGAAUUGGUAAAUUGGUUUUCUUUUUUUCUCUUAUUUUUUGUUCUUUUUUUUUUUAACUUCUGGAUGCUACACCAUUCUCUACUACUCUAUGGUGUGUGGUUGCGUCUGUGUCUAUGUAUGUGUGGUUGUGUCUGUGUAUGUGUGAUUUUAUUUGUUUUAGUCAUUUGACUGCAGCCAUGCUGGAGCACCGUCUUUAGUCGAAGAAGUCACAACUAUGCACUCACACACUCAAAUACACACAAGCACACACACUCAGCCACAAACACAUGCACACUCAACCACACAAGCACGUGCACACACACACACACACUCAACCACACAAGCACACACAUACAUACAACCACACAAGCACACAGACACACAUACACAUACAUACUCGCACAGACACACACACAUACAAUCAGCCCCCCCCAACCCACACACAUACAAUCAGCCCCCCAACCCACACACAUACACACACUCAACCAUUCAGACAU